GCCGAGGCUAAAGUAUUCAAGUCACGCCACAUGUCGGCAAAAAGACGAGAAAUGGCAUUUUUGAGGUCAGUGGUGACGACAAAAACAGCAGCCACAGUCACGAUUCCGGCCGUCUUCUCUCUAUCCUCUCCUUCUCACUCUUCUGUGUCUUUCCCAAGCCUGCCCAGAAACUCUUCUUCUUCAAAGUCUCUCGCUUUUUUCUCAAAUAAUUCUAUUAGAGGACUCGCAAAAUCGUGUCUUGUGAAGGGUUUUGAGAACCCAUCUUCUGCUGUUGCUGAAAUGGAUCCGAAACCAGCGGCGCAGGACGGUGUCGUUUUACCGGAGCUACUGACUGAGUUUAUGGUGGAUAUGUCAUGUGAGGGCUGUGUAAAUUCGGUCAAAACUAAGUUGCAGACUGUUGAAGGGGUUAAAAAUGUGGAUGUUGACUUGGCAAAUCAAGUUGUACGUGUUCUUGGGACCUCACCUGUGAAAAUCUUGACCGAAUCCUUGGAGCAGACAGGUCAGAAAGCCAGAUUAAUUGGGCAAGGAGUACCAGAAGAUUUUCUAGUUUCAGCUGCCGUUGCUGAAUUUAAAGGUCCAUCGGUAUUUGGAGUUGUUCGUCUAGCCCAAGUGAACAUGGAACUGGCUCGUAUAGAAGCCAACUUCAGUGGUUUGCCACCUGGGGAGCACGGCUGGUCCAUCAAUGAAUUUGGUGAUUUGACCAAAGGUGCCGCAAGCACAGGAAAAGUGUUCGAUCCAAAAAAAGAUGAAAAACAGCCCCUCGGUGACCUGGGAACAUUAUCCGCCAAUGAAAAUGGCGAGGCCUUCUUUUCUGGAGCCAAAGAGAAGCUGAGAGUUGUGGAUCUGAUUGGACGGUCCAUAGUGGUUUAUGGGAAUAAAGAUAAGUCGGAUGAAGGCAUUGCUGCUGCAGUUGUUGCGAGAAGUGCGGGAGUUGGUGAGAACUACAAAAAGCUUUGCACUUGUGAUGGCACCACUAUUUGGGAAGCAACCAAUGCAGAUUUUGUCAAUAGCAAGGUUUGAGCACCAUGAUCUUGGGGUUUAGUUUAUGUAUUGUAUCAUUACAAAGAAAUUUCUAUGAAACAGAAAUAAAAGGUGGGGAUCUCAAAUGCAUGUGCUAACAGUUUAUUAAUCUAUUUGGUUGUACUCAGCUACAGAAAUCUCGAAUAACUAAUAGUAUAAUUGAUAUAAUGGAAUGAAGUUCGAUUCUGCAAUGAAAUGAGUUAGAAGAAUGAAAUGAUUAUGCUUAAGGAAUGAUUUUUUUUUUUUCAUUGACGUGUCUGGUAUGCAGAAUGAGUAAGA